AGGUGCGUGAAAUAUCGCGGUAGAUAUUCGCAGGUGAUUUUAUUUUUUUACGCAUUCCCGUUGACGUGAAAUUCUUUUCUUUCACGAUAUUCAAACCAGACUAUCGAUAAAGAAAAACUUGAAGUUUGUACAACGUCCAGUUGUCUUUCAUGUGCUGGUAUAUCCAUUUGUGACUUCAGUUUUAGGGUGUAAGAAGAAAAACAUGUAGUACAAUAUUUGUUAUACACGUUAUCUAUAAAUAAUUGUUGUAAUAAAUGUGCGAUAAAUAGAAAUUAUUUUUAUCACACGCGAUCUAUACGGAUAUUAUGCGUAAAACAAUUGUACGAUCACGUGUUUGAAAAUGGCGUAACGGUCCGUCUUUUUGGGUGAAAAAAUAAUCCAACUCCGAGAUGAAACCCCGUCAUAGUUGCGUUUUGAGUUCGAGGGAUUUCGAAGCGAUACCCAGAGCUAGUGUCAGACACUGCAAAUAUUUCGUUAGAAAGUGGAAGCAGUGGACUACCAUCAGUACGCGUAAUCAUAGAACGAAAUUUUACGUACCUAGUUCUGCCGGUCUCACUGAUGAAAAAAGACGCCACAUGAGAAUGAAAUGGUCAGGGAUAAUACAUCCAUUUAGUCAGAUGAGAAUGGUGUGGGACACGUUAAUGGUGAUUGUGUAUUGCGUCUCAUUUAUCACCAUUCCUCUGAUGACGUCCUUUAAGAUUCUCAAUUUCUUUGAGAUCCAAAUGGACGACUUCAAUCUUUACGUGUACGCUUUUUGUUGGGCUGACAUAUUCAUGAAUUGCGUAUCUGGGGUCUACGACGAAGCGACGGGGAGGAUCGUACUGGAGCUCCGUGAAAUAAUUCGCAUUUACAUGGAGGGAUUUUUUUUCAUCGACGUUGUAUCAUCGAUUCCGUACGACCGAUUAACUCUACCGUGGAGAGUUCUUCCGGGGCCGAAUUCCGGACUCAUUAUUCCCACGAUAAAUCUCGUGAUGCCAAAUCUCAAACUGCUUCGAUUUAUCACAGUUAGCGCUUACAGUAGUCAGAUUUUCAAAGUAAGAUUCCAUUUUAACGUUCAACAUAUGGUGUCCCAAGCUUUCAAUACCGUCAUUUUUGCACUGUUCAUGUUACACUGGUUCGCCUGCCUGUGCUACGCUUUACCUACCCUCGUUAUGAACCUGAAUCAGCACACGAUCGAGAAUUGUCAAUGUUGGAUAUCCCAGCUGGGAACAAAAGAACCAUCAAUGCACACGUUGUACAGACAUAGUUUGUUCAUGGCCGUUAUUAACUUGACCGGUAGCAGCUAUGGCAUUAUUCCCCCCGUCAGAUUGGGUCACAUGAUGGUCUGCACUAUACUAAUGCUCGCCGGAAGUAUAUUUAUUAAUUAUAUAAUCGUCAUGAUUCUUCAAAUGAGAUCGCAGAAGUAUAUAACUGAAACUAAAUACGAAGAGAUAAUGAACCAAUUGCACGCUUAUAUGCGGCAAAAACAGUUACCGGAAUACAUGAAACGGCGGCUUUUAGCCUACUAUUAUUACAGAUUUUUGAAAAGUUUUUACAGAGAGAAAGAAAUCUCUUCGACUUUGACCGAUGAUCUUCGUCGGGAUAUUGCUCUGCAUUCGAGUCGUCGUUUCAUACAAAACGUUUCUCUAUUCAGAGACCUACCUCGUAGCGUUCUUGAAUCGAUCGUCGUUAAUUUAAGAAUGGAAUUAUAUUUGCCUAACGACGUCAUCGUCAAGGCAGGAACGCAGGGUGAUUGCAUGUUCUUUUUAGCGAGUGGAACGGUCGCGGUGUUAACGCCAACGGGGAAGGAAGUAUGCCACCUCGAAGACGGAGCCCAUUUUGGCGAAGUUGCUCUUUUGGUGCAAGAUCAGAGGAGAGUAGCUAGCGUUGUUGCGAUCGAAGUUUGCAACGUCUUUCGUUUGGAACGUAAAGAUUUUCGGCGUUGUAUCGCGGUGCAUACGGAUCUUUUUGCGAAAAUCGAACGACUCGCUACCGGCCGUAUGGAAAAAACUGUUCUACUCGAAGAACAGCACAAGCGUUUUUUGUUGCAAAGAUCCAGUAGGAGACCUUCGACAGGUAUAAGAAAUUUGAGAACGAUGAGUUUGUACGUCACGCCGAAGCCUGAAAGUAAAAAGUGAUCGUAUAUUCUUUAACAAACCGGGGAAUUGAACUAACAAUUACCCAACUAAUAAUUAUAAUAGGCAAAUAAUUUUGUUUUAUCCACUAUGGAUAGUGAAAGGAAGUAAUUCUUCGUGACGUAACGAUAACCGUACUACUUAAAAUAAUAGUACAAUCAUUUAUUCAUUCGUCAUUCAUCCGCAUGAUCAGCGUAAAGGGUAGAUUUACGUUGAGAUUACAAAAGAACAUUAUCAUUUGAUCCGUAUAAUAUAUUAUUUAUUGUACCUACAGAUAUGCUUAGGUAUUACAUAUAUUAUAUACCAUGAUUCUAUUUUUCAAAUGUUCUAUUAGUUAUCAUUGAUU